GCAAAGAUGAGGGUGGGGGAGGUGGAGUAAAUAGGAAAGAACGGGGGAUAUUUGAGAGCAGAUAAGCUGAUUUUGAAAUAAGUAGCGAGGGGGAGAAAUCUGUGGUCGGGUGUGGUGGAAGAACAGCAUGGAUGGCUCUGCAGAGGGUAUCACGAAUCCUUGCAGGGCUGUGAUUUGUGGCGACGAAGUGGGGUGAGAAGGGUGAACGUUGCCCAGUGCUGGAAUUGCAAUUCUUCAUCUGACAAAGCAACAGUCUUGCCUAGGAACGCGCUCCCGACGCAUGUUGCUCGUGUGCCCUGCCGAUGCCACGCGAAGGAGAGUCCCUCCUUUGUAGCCUCGCCGCCUUCCUUUGGGUUGGGAAGGCUGGUCGUGGUCGCGACAGAGCUCCGAGCAGCGGCUGCGGGAACGGCUGUGCCAAGAGCAGCAGCAGCAGAAGCCGCCCCUCGGCGGUGUCUCCAGGCAGCUCCUGGGGACCGCGGGCUGCCAGCGAGGGCGAGCGGGCGGGCGGGUUGGUGGCUGCUGCGUGCGCGGCUCUUUUCUCUCGGCUGAGUUUGUAAACAGUGUCCUCGCGUUGCGGUGGGCGGGGCGACGCCGCCCCUGGCGCGCGGGGAUUGGCCUGCUCCUCCGUGCGCGGCGGGGAGGGCUGGUGCUCCCGCGCGCCGAAGCAGGGCUGCAGCAGCAGAGCCAGAGCGGUCGGUGCUGCAGAGCGAGCGGGGUGGCUGCGCGGCGGCAGGUUGGGCAGCCGCGGAGGCAGCGGGGAGCGCGCCGGUCGCGCGCGGGGCUCUCUGCCAGUGCCUGUGCGGCGGGGUCAGCCUGGGGCGCCCUCGAGGGGAAAAAGGCAGACCAAAUGGCAAAACAAUUUUCGGAUUUGAAUUCUGAGUGCGAUAGAGAAGGCAGACAAUUGCAACCUGCUGAAAGGCCAUCUCAACCUCAGCAUCUUCGACCUGGGGCUCCUACCUCCUUACAAACUGAGUAUCAAGGUAAUCAUUCGGGCGAGCGGGACGGCUCUUCACCGGGUAGCCCUCAGGGAUCGUUGGCACCACCCUCCAGCCCCAGCCCGUUUGCUACCAGAUCCCCGUUGUUCAUGUUUGUAAGAAGAUCCCCACUGCUGUCCAGAUCUUCCAGUGGGUAUUUCUCUUUUGACAUCGACAGAAGUCCUGCACCUAUGAGUUGCGACAGGGCCACACAGACUCCAAGUCCCCCCUGCCAAGCCUUCACUCAUUAUUUGAGCGCAAUGGGUAAGCAAGACCAUGAGGCUUCCAGGCGGCAGUCACGGUCCGUGCCUGAAGAUAUACAGCCAGAAAUAUGGAUUGCACAGGAAUUACGGCGCAUCGGAGAUGAAUUUAAUGCUUCCUACUGUCCAAGAAGGGGUUUCUUGGAUUACCUAGCAGUAAACCACCAGAUUGUAAUUUUGCGCCUGUUGCAUUACAUUGUCCGCCUCAUAUGGAGAAUGCAGUGACUAUGCCUAGAGAGGCAACUGGGAUUAUUUACUCGUUUCCAGCAACAGCAGCCAUGAAUGAUGUCUCUGCGUGCAGCUAGCAGGCCCUUCCUGACUUCAAAGGACAUCCAGCAAAUGAAAGGAGCAAGAGGACUCCAUAUCAGGCAGUUUUUGCCCUUUUCUGAGGAAAAGUGAGUUUUUCAAAAUGGAAGUUCGUUAUCAAACAUGGACGCCAAACUUUUAAGAAGCAGGAUUGUACCUUUUUUUGUUGCUGCCAAAACCUGUUGUUUUUUUUAACCUGCUACACAAAGCUUUUAAGAAAAAAAUUGGAUCAUGUGGUGUUCCCUUUUGGAAAAUUGUACAUUGCUCUUGGUUAUCCCCUUCAGUAGAACUGACUGAGCCAGCUGUUUUGGUAAAGCUGCCUUAGUUUUUUAUAUUAAAGAUUUACUGUACAGCUUUUUUUUCCUUCUGAAAGCAGCAAGGGGCUGGACUCUGGUGACAGGGGCUCUGUUCAUUGCAGAUCAUUUUCAUGCACGGGGACAUAAUCAUAAGUGAAGCUGGUGGAAGCAAGAAGGAAAGGUUUUGAGCUGAUGCUUGUGGUUGCUCUGGAAAAGAAUCCCAUGCCACCUGAAAUGCAGAUGUCCUCGUGUGCCUGAUAUAGAAACAAGUCUGCAAGAAAUACACACUCAUCUGCUGUUAACUUCCCAUGUUGGAUCUUCCAUUGCUUCCGCCUCUUGCAUCCCAGGAGGAGAAAUCUUGAAUUUGCUUUGAAACUGUGAAAAUGUUAAUACCCCAAAUAUUGACACCAGGUUGCCUUUUACAAUCUUCUUCCUUCUUGUACAGAUAAAUGUAUGUAUUCUAGAACAUGUUCUGAGCGGGGCUCGGGUGGGGUGGCAAUGUAGCAAUAAGUCAUUGCAUGUGGGUGAAAGCAGUUCCUACACCUGUGCAAUAUUGCCCCAUUGUUCUAAUGGGGACCUACUGCAUAACUUCAGGCACUGUUUUGAUCCUUGAUUUGAUUAUUUGACUGUUGUUUAAAUCCAGUUUAAUGGGAAAAACCCAACAAAGGAAGAAAACACUCUGGAUUUGAUUAUUGCUGCCUGUCUUUAAAAAUCUAUCGUAUGGAGAGGUGACCUGAUAACCAUAAUGUGGAAUGUAUAAGGACUACUGACUUGCUGCAUGGGUUUAAGGUCAACAACAUCACAGUAUUCAGAUUAAUCACAGAGGGUCAAAUGAUAAAACAGGAACAAAUUUGCUACCCAUGUAAAAGAUGGCGAGAGCUUUUAACUGUGGAAUAAACUUUCUCUUCCAA